UGUAACAUCAUUCCUUUUUCGUGCGCCGCAACAGACGGACGUCUUUUUUCAAAAGUAUUUUCUAUAAGUUCGUUAUCAUGCCGAAACGUAAAGUGGAAGACAAGAUCGAAAGAUACAAGGAAAAAAUAAGAAAAUUAGAGGGAAAACGUCGUCGUAUUCGCGCUGUUUCCUCAUCAGAUUCGGAACAAAAUACAAGUCCGAGAGAACUGGAGAAUCCGAACGACGAAGUGAUCGACUGCGAACCAGAUGCGCCAAUGGACCCACCGAGCGACGCGGCGCCGGCCUCCGAGGCCCCCACCGACUUGCCUCUCGCAGAAGCUGAACCAGCGCCGCUCGCAGUUCCGGACCUGGACCCGAAUAUUCUAGCGGCACUAGGCGAGAUUACGGAUGAAAACCCGGAGUUUGGCGUAAAAAUUCACGAGAAUCUCGCAAAAUUAUGGCUGCCUUUAUUGAAGAAAGGCAUGACUAAGGAGUGUAGAGAGGCGCUUAUGGCGAAUUAUCCUAUCCCGGAAAAUUGCUCUUUACUUCAAGCGCCAGCACUGAACCUCGAAGUUUCAGCGGCUAUACCAGAGUCUAGUAGAUUCCGAGAUAAGAAAAUGACCGCUACCCAACAACAGCUGGGAGUAGGCAUUACUGCAAUUAACCGAGGGUUACACUUGCUGGUUAAUAGUGACAGCAGAAUAGAGGCUAUCAAGUAUAUCAGUGACGGAUGCCGUAUUCUAUCCGAUCUGCAUCACCAAAAUACAGAGGCUAGAGUUAAAUUCAUAACUCCCUGCCUGGACAAAUCCUUUUUACAAUUCCUCGAUCGCUCCGAACGGGACAGUACUCUGUUCGGCAACGACCUUUCGGAAAAAAUAAAGGCCUCAAAGGCUAUUGUAAAACAGGGUGAUCUAAUCAAAAAACCUUCGCCUGCUUCAAAGCCUUCAGCUUCCAGGAUACAGCCCACGGUUCCACGGUCCAGCUACCAGGGAAACUGGUCGGGACCUUCUCGCUCCCAGUCAAACAGGGGAGGGGGGCGAGGAGGUCAGAAUCGGAUCAACUACCGAACUCCCCCGACGACAUCGGCAGCGGCAACGACCAGUCGGGCCAGGUACAGCCACAAGCCACGUGCUUCAACACGACGUCGAUAACCGAGGAACAUAUACCACCCACUACACAGUCAACUUACGCUGGCUGCAGCGAUACUCUCCGGCAGUCGUUCCUCGGACGUAAUAUCCCCAUAGAAUCGAUAGAUCUCAUGCUAGCAUCGCUCUCUG